AUUUGUUCGUCUACAUCCAAACAGAUACCGCCCCAACAGAUCGUUAGUAUCACUUCGAAUAUUUGCACAACUGGGACGACAUCUUUUCGAAUGCGAAAGCUCCAAUACAGUUUUAUAAUGAUUUGAAGUACUAUCGAGGUUCUAUUAUUAUUUUUCCAAAUGCUAACAGAUUACGGUCGAUAACGCUUGUUCGAAAUGGGCCUGCUUGUGACUUCAUUUGGAUUGAUAUGCAUAUUAAAGUUGUACAGUUGUGCAGUUUCCUACGCGGGUUGUGAUUAUAGCUACAACUAUCCCUCUAACACAGUCGGAUACGUUCAAUCACCGAAUUGGAGUAACUACUACAAAGGAGGCACGAAUUGUCGGUUCACCAUCCAGGCACCUGCCAGACACUACCUCUAUGCGCAAUGUUACGAUAUGUACCUACCGUCCAGCUACGGCUGUUACUAUGAUAAACUUUUAGUUUCACCUACCGGAAAUAAUGCUUUGGCCGACGCCGAGGUUCGAUGUGGCAGUACAACGUUCAACGUGGCUUCGACGGGGAACAAGAUGGUAAUAGCACUGCAAACCUUGACUCAAUCUACGGGAGGACGUUUCCGGUGUCAGAUUACUGCUGUACCAUUAAAGUGCGACUGCGGCACUAGACUGACGCCUCUGAUAGUGGGUGGAGAAUCCACUCAACCGAACGAAUACCCAAUGGCAGCAGCAAUCAUUGAAAUUUCAUCCAAAUCUCUAGUUUGUGGCGCAACAAUUAUAACCGACCGGCAUAGUUUGACGGCAGCUCAUUGCGUCUCGGGACGAUCAAUUUCCAACUCCGCUCUGUUAGUGGGUGACCAUAACAUGAAAACUGGAACGGAUACGGCCUAUGCGAAAGCAAUGUUGAUUUCCACAUUUACCGUCAAUUCGGCCUACGAUUCCAAGACAAAAACGAACGACAUCGCUCUGGUGAGAACGACCGAUCAGAUUGUGUUCAAUCCUGGAGUAAAUCGGGCCUGUUUGCCAUACGCAUACACCAGUUCCAGCUUCAACAAUGUCUACCUUACAACACUCGGUUGGGGUACGCUGGACUUCGGCGGACCAAUGGCGACCGAUCUUCAGAAAGUUGCUCUACAGGUGAUGGAUCUUGCAACAUGUCGAUCCAAACUAUCCGGAAUGAACACUGUUCAGGAUAACCAGAUCUGUACUUACACGGCUGGAAAGGAUAGCUGCCAGUUUGACUCCGGUGGCCCCAUGUUGUAUGUCGACGCGUCCGGCGGAAAAAUGUACGCGAUAGGUGUUAUAAAUUAUGGUAUAACGUGCGCCUCAAAAUAUCCCAGUGUCAGUGCCCGCGUUACCUCGUACUUGAACUGGAUUGAAACUAACACUGGGUUCAGUUUUUGCGAGAAGACAUAAUGGAAAUCUGCCGCACUUAAAUAAUGAAAAUAAUAAAAUGGAUUUGUAACUGGAAACGCUUUUAAAAAUAAUUAA